AUGUCCUUGGAUGAUAAGAAUCCAGCGUAUUUCAACUUCUUUGAUACUUCCAAACCAAGGGAGGAACGGGACUUCAAAGAAAUCUAUCCAGAUUUAGAUGAAGAACAGCCGCUCAAAGUGUUUGUACUCGAGGAAUCAGAAACAUCAAAUGAUGAACAAAUUGGGCAUAAAAGGAUAAUAAGUGAUUUGAAACAACCAGUGUUUACUAAGAAGACGAGACUCUCCUUGAAUGAAAUGGGCAUCAAGUUUCCUAAGAUCUUACAUGAAUAUGGAUUCAAAGAACCAGGAAAAUACUCAAAUUCAAAUGAUUUGAGUUAUAAAAAACCAUUUAAACUCAAUAAUAAUGAAACAAUACAAUCAAUUAUCGAAAAAAAGGAAAAAUUGGUGGAAUACGAUAUGGAUGAACAAGAUUUAAUCUAUUUACAAAAUCGAAAUAAUAACGAAAAUAAUAUCAUCAAACUUAAACCAGAAAUAUUCGAAAUUAUGAUAACAAUAUUAGAAAAUGAAUGGUUGAAAUUAGAAUUACAAUUAUCAAAUUUAAAUUUAAAUUCAAACUUAAGCUCAAAUAAUUUACUUACUCUUGAUGAUGAUAAUAAUAACGAUAAAUAUGGUAAUGAUGAUGGUAUAAUUCAAGGUUACUAUGCUUCGGAUCAAAAAUGUGCAGUUUGUAAUGAUAGUGAUUGUGAUUCAAAUAAUGCUAUAGUUUUCUGUGAUGGUUGUGACAUAGCGGUUCAUCAAGAAUGUUAUGGUAUUGCUUUCAUUCCUGAAGGUGAAUGGUUAUGCAGAAAAUGUAUGAUUAAUACUAAUCAUAAAUCAAUUGAAUGCUGUUUUUGCCCAAGUAAAACUGGGGCUUUCAAGCAAUUGGACAAUAGUUUAUGGGGUCAUGUUAUUUGUGCUUUAUGGAUAAAUGAAUUAUAUUUUGCAAAUCCAAUUUAUAUGGAACCAAUUGAAGGAAUUGAUUUUAUUCCCAAAAAUCGUUGGAAAUUGAUUUGUUAUAUAUGCAAACAAAAAAUUGGUGCUUGUAUUCAAUGUUCAAAUAAAAAUUGUUUCCAAGCUUAUCAUGUUAGUUGUGCUAAAAGAAGUGGGUUCUAUAUGAAUAUGACAAAAGGUAUUCAAGGUGCUCUAACUAAUAAAACUUCUUUAAAGUCUUAUUGUGAUAAACAUUCACCUCCAUUUCAUGAUUCAAAAUUAGUCAUUGAAGGUAUUAAUAAAACAAGACAUUUCUUUAGAGAUUUAAAAAUUUUAAAUGAUGAAAAUGAUAAAUUAACUAAAAAUCAAAAAUUUUUAAAUAAGUUGAAUAAUUUUAAAUGGAAAACUGAAAAUAAUACUCCAAUUCCUCCUAAAAAAUUUAGUGAUAUCUUAUUUCAAAAAUUAAUUUCAUUAAGAGUGGAAGAUUCAACAAAUAAUAAUUUUCUAAUUUCAAACUUUUUCAAGUCUUCUUUACCUCAAAAUAAGAAAUUAUUAGACUUAGGCUAUAAACCUAAUAGAAGUAAAGAGUCAAUUUGGAAUGAAAUUAGAAAUAUUUGUAAUGAAAUUUGUAAAUAUUGGUGUUUGAAAAGAGAGUUUAGAAAUGGAAGCUCUUUAAUUAGAAAAAAUAAUAAUUUAAUUUCAAUAAGUUCAAUCUUGUAUGGUGAUAAUAAUGAUUUAAAUCAAAUUAAUGAAAAAUUAAAUUUUAGUGAAAUCAUUUUGAAUGAUUUAAAUAAAUUAAUUGAAUUAACAAAUAUGAAAUUAAAUCAUCAAUAUUUAGAAAAUGAUAUUAAUAACUUAGAUUUGAAAAAUUUUGAUACUUGUUAUUUCCCAUUGAAAAAUUUAAUUAAUAUAACUUUAACUUCAAUUUUGAAAAAAAUUGAUAAUCACAAAUUUUUACAAAAUUAUAAAUUUAAACUGAAUAAUUCAACCAUAACAAUUUCAGAAAUUUUGAAUAAGAAUGAAUCAUACGAAUAUGAAUCAAUUGAUGAUUUGAUGAAAGAUAUUGAAAGUUAUCAAAAUCAACUUUUGAAAGAAAAUAAAUCGACAACAAAUAUUGUAAAAUUGGCUAAUAAAUUUUCAAAAGAAAUUAAUUUACAAUUACCAAGUUUGAAAUUAAUCGAAGACAAGUUGCAAAAUGAAGUGAGGCUCAAAAUCCCUUAUGUUAAAUUAGACGGGUUGAAAUUUAGUUUCACUGAAAAGAAUGAAAAAUCGUUACUCGAUUCAAUGGAUUUAAGUGAAGUCGAUACUGAAGAUGAAACAAACGAUGGGAAUUUCAAUAAAAUAGAUAACGAAAAAUUAUUCAAACAAUUUUUGUAUGGUUAA